AUGGCCCUCUUGCCACUCCUCAUUCUUGCAAGAUAUGGGCACCUGCCAGGCCUAAACACAAAGGCUCUCCACGCAAAGAGCUACGGCACAAUUCGACAGAGCACCGGCUCUCAACACGCAAACAAGGCGGCCAGCAUGGCCUUCUGUUUCACAACUUCUAAGAGAUAA